GUAUUUAGAAUUCGGAAAUUAUGAGAUUUCUGUGGCAGAACUUGAGACAGCUCAAGGCUAAGACAAUUAAGUUUAUUGAAAAUGAUACUAUUUUUCAGUGAUAUUUCUCAUAAGAACUUUCAUAUGUUUUACUUUCAGGUCGCUAGUAUCCAAAGACAGACAGCCACCUCAGUAGGAAGACAGCGUGAAAGAAAUGAGUAACUUAUGAAAUUAAAAUGUACAUCUCCCUCUUUGGGACCCUGAUGAGAGAUGUAUAGUCACUGCUAGAAGAUGCAGGAUUUUCCACAGAAUGCGACUGCGAAUAAUUCUGCUGGCUGCAACAUUAAUCACAGCAUACACCAGACUUUAUCCCCCACUAUAUACAUAUUUGUCUUUGUAGUAGGUCUCCCAGCUAACUGCCUCUCGCUGUACUAUGGGUACCUACAAAUCAGGGCCAAAAAUGAACUGGGGAUCUAUCUGUGCAAUUUGACUAUAGCAGACCUGUUCUACAUCUUCUCUUUGCCCUUCUGGCUCCAGUACGUUUUGCAGCAUGACAACUGGACCUAUGAUGCAGAUCUGUGCAAAAUCUGUGGCAUACUCCUGUAUGAGAAUAUCUACAUCAGUGUGGGCUUCCUCUGCUGCAUCUCCAUUGACCGCUAUCUAGCAGUGGUACAUCCUUUUCGUUUCUAUCAGUUUCGGACAAUAAAGGCUGCUGUGGUGGUGAGCAUCAUAAUCUGGGGCAAAGAAAUUCUGAUGAGCUGGUUUUUCUUUAAGAAAGCUGAAAUUAGUAAGGAUGCAGAGAGUCAUACAAUAUGCUUUGAACAUUAUCCCAUCAAAAAUUGGGAGCACAACAUCAAUUACUACCGCUUCUUUGCUGGCUUCCUUUUCCCUUUCUUCCUACUGCUCUUUUCUUACUGUGGCAUUUUACGAGUUGUCUGCAAGAGCCAUGGCACUCAAAAGAAGACAAAAAUCCAAAUUAAACGUCUGGUUUCAAGCACAAUUGUCAUUUUCUUGGUUUUCUUUGGACCAUACCACAUCCUGUUGGUAAUUCGCAGCUUGUUUGAGAAAAACUGCAUAUUUGCAGAGAAAAUCUUUAACAUUUACCACUUUUCUCUCUUGUUGACUAGUUUUAACUGUGUUGCUGACCCAGUAUUGUACUGCUUUUCCAGUGAGAGCACGUACCACAAUUUUGUCAAAAUAAGAGAUUCCAGUUUAACAUGCUUAAGAUGUUUAAAGACUAAAACCAAGGUAUCCUACCAGCUGAAAACUCCAGAAACCCUCAAAAAAAGCAGCAGUGUACCAGCAGAUGAAGAGCCACAGUUAUUAAACAAACUACAUACUGUUAAUGAAAUGAAAGACUUUUCCAUCACCAGUAUAGACAGACUUUAGCACCCAUUAGAAAGGGAGACUGAUCUAAAGUUUCCAGGUCUAAGUUUGGGCCUCAGUCUUUGGUUUAUAAAUGUAUUGCAACUGCUUUACAUUCUAAAGAGCUUAAUAACUCAUCAGUACUGUAAGCAGAGCUGUGUUGAUACUCUUUCCGCAGGGGAAAUUCCUUAGUUCCCUUGAGUAACCUGGGCCUUGACAUAGGGCAGGGAAAAUAUACGCCAGGUCAGUUUGGCUUAGAUCACAUGUAUAUAUUACUGACUCAGUAUAGUGUUAGUCAUGGGGAAGCUGCUUUUCUGAUGACUGGACUGGCUGAAAUCAGAUAAUAUUAAUGGUGUGAAUUUGCCAUAAUGGUCUUUAAUUGCUGAUUGUUUGUCCAUGUAUUGACUUUAUGAAAAAGCUAUCAAACUCUGUGAUCACCUUGCUGAAAAGGUGGAGGAUGGAACAAAUUAUGUAAAAUGAAGUGAUAAACAUUUCCCAAAAGAAA